AUGGCGGCACGGUAUACAGACAAUGCCAUACAUUGCUUACGGAAGACCGCACUUGACUACGAGAGAUUCUCAGGGUGCUGGGAUGAGUGCGGUCUGAUUAUUCAAUGCUUUGGCGCUCCAAUACAGCUUCCAUCCACGAAAGGCCAUAAACCCUCCGACAUAAAUUGGGACGACCAUGUGACGCAUUGCCCAUGUAAUGGAGAUAUCUCGGAUGAGACGAAUUCGCCGUACACUGGUUGCGAGUCGAUAACUCGGGAUAAUAAGGUCUGCAGACACUGGAAUACGAUCCCGUCUUUGCCGGUUAUUGAGGACUCUCGCAGCAUGUUCAUACAAAACUAUUGUAGGAAUAUAACACCUGGAAACUUAGUGUGCUACAUCUCUGACACCGUCCAAGCGCCGUGCCCAGCUACGGCGAAGCAGCCGAAGGACGCCGCAGAUGCUAAAGGUCCAAGACUAAAAGCGUACCUACAACCCGGCACGAUAUUCGACUUAUGGAUAGGUCCGUACAUUCCUACGUACAAAGUAGUCGUCGGUUUUGCGGAGGAAAAUAAGCCGUGCGGGGGGGAGCUGAUUGCAGACUCCCCCAUCGUCCAAUCCUACGCAUCGCAGCCUUACGACGUUUACACCGGCAGAUGGUCAAUGAAAUAUGCAAAGCACAGUAUGGACAUCUAUCCAUCGCUGGAUGACUCAAAUGAGACAUUUUUCGUUUUGAAGGGCUUCAAAGUAAUGCGUGAUGCUACUAAUACUACCGUCACCGUCUGCGGCUGCAUAUCAUCGCAGUUUUACUACCGAGAAUUGGAUAACGUCUCAUGCGACAGAAGCAGCCAGUUCACCAUGUACCUUGGUACGAUCCGCAUAAUGGGUGAGGCGAUGCCCGAUACGACGCAGGUGCAAAAGGACAAUAUGACUGCAGUGAUAAAUGCUCAUGGAGAUGUAUUAGAGGCCGUUGUAACUAUGGUGCACAAAGACGACGUGGACAAGGCCCUCCCGGAUAGCCCAGGUGAGGACUAUCUUUAUCCUGUGGAGGUCUUCUUCCACGUUGAGGAAACACUGCGACGUAAAAUGUUGCGUUCGAAGAAACCAGGAUUAACGUUGAAGCAAUCAUAUACGGAAUACAUCCUGCCAAGAGCAGUCAUUCAACGCCACAACUCAUCAACGUUGAUGAAGGUUACCAGGACCGGCACGUACAUGGCCAUCAGCCAAGAAACCAACCCUCCAAUGGCAAUUUCCGUUCAUAUGGCACCACUCAAAGUUAUGGGGGUCUGGACAUUCACCGGAUAUGAUGUCAAUCUAAAACUAUCCCUAAUCAACUCCGACAGUGCUGGUUCCAAGGCUUUGGCACAGUCCUUGUUCUUCCGGAGCUGGAAGAUCGCCAAACGACCCUUGGCCAUAAUCCUUUCAGCGGCCACAGACAGCAAACCAUGUUCAAAGCCUUUUGGUGUUUCUCAAGCUCCAUUCCCAGUCACAGGGUCUGUAAUCGAAGAACAAGAAACGAUAUGGCGUGCUAACAGAUUUUGGGUGGACAAAACGGUGUGGAAAAACAUCACAGGGUUUAAUAUAUGCCUCUUUCGUGAGAACGAUAACAGUAUGCGCCUCGGACGCGGCGUGAAAGUUGCCCAUGUCGACCACAAAUUCUCUCACCUGCACCCCGAUUUUACCGAGGUGCCGAGUAGCGUGUCAACCUACAUGCUGCGGGAUGAGUGGGACCUCAUUGCAUACCAUGCGAGUUUAACAGUGAAACCAAAUACGACCCCAAAACCAAUUGUAGAUGUUAAUAAGAAGCCGUCUCAAGAGGAGCAGCAACUAGAGUUAUUCUUGUCCUCUAACCAGUGUAACUGCUCUCCACAAGAGACGCCGCCAACACCAGUGUACCCAGUCGUCCUGAGUUUCUGGUGUAUGAAAGAUGCCAACAUGGUGAUGGUUUUCCGCAUGACUGCCGAAAACCUAUCUCCUAUCUACCUUGGUAAGUUUGAGGUCAACCACCCAAUUGCAAUGGAGUUGAUCGUCAAUUACGACUCCGUAAAAGCCUUAGUCAUGUCUGAGGGCGAGAGGGAAAUAAUCCAGUAUGAUGUGACCAUUGAGAAAGCGAAUGGGCUUCGUUUCACGCUGAAAAAGGAAACCACUAGCUGUGAAGAUAAAACGUGCGUCCGUUUUAUGUCACCCGCAGACAUGAAGGUUAUUCGCUUCAGGCGAAAAAAUCAACAGACAUACUUAGUUAUAGUAACGGAUGCGGACGCUAACUGCAUAGUUCUGCUGAACUCCAAACUCAUGGAAGUUUCCCGCAUAUGCGACACCGAUUACAUACCACCAAGUGGCAUAAAGCAACCCAGCAGGAUAGCUUGCGCUCCCUUGCCAACAGGCGAAUCCUACAUAUCGGAUUAUGUUCUCGAAAAAAAUGAGGUGUAUCGAAGUUGUUACAUUACGCAGAAGCAUGAUGGAUCAGUUCUCUGGGUGCAGGUAGAGCUGGAAAAGGAAAAGUUGAGCGUCCACAAAGUAUACACGGGGGUUUCAGUGGACACAACCGACUCAAUGCCGCUAAAUAAGCAUACCACGGCACUUCCAGUGAUCCGAUAUCCUUCGUACAUCGAAAUAGUGUCUUACGAGACCGCAGAUUUGCUCUACGUUGUUCAACACGAGGCUCACGAGAUACUUACCUUCAUUAUUGACCGUAGAGAUUCUACUCCUAAAAUUUUCUACUACGGGAAAAAUGCCCCUAAAGGUGUACCUUACGGUAUCUUCCUCGGCAUCAAAGGCGUGCAAAUGUCGUACCGCAAGGAAAAUGACGCGGUGAAUGAUGACUACCUGAUGCUGGUGCGAAAGCCGGCACUCACCAGUUAUCAUACCACACCAAGCAUAUUUCUUACAAUGAUGAAUGUCAAAGAGACCAUAAAAGUGAGUGAUUUCGAUUACCCCAUCCCUAGUUGGGUAUUGGUCGGCCGUGACCUCAAUCUCGAUCCCCAAAUCCAGGGGCCCAAUUCGCACUUAAACUCGCUGACUCUCUACGACCUGGACAUUGUCGCAAACAAAUGGCACGUAGGUACGGACGCUCCAAACUGUGUCAACAGGGGGCCCAUAAGUCGGGUGGCGAAGGGAGAUCACGGCCCGGCUAUCGAACCUCUAGAUCUCACCGCCGGUGAUUUAGGUAACCACAUAUCGAUCACAAAGAACGGGAGACUUACCAUUAGUCUGAAGAACAUCAACCAGAUCACUGUCAUGCUCCGUAUUACUGCCAUUGGACCUGUAGAUUCCAAAUGCAUCCUGAAGAUACUCUCUCUUGCGUGCCCUGAUGGUCACUACUUCCGAAACCACGUUGAACCCGAACGUCGUAAGUGCAAGCCAUGUGAGGAAGGGACAUACAAUUCCAUCAUGAUGAUUGAGGGUGACAUGGGCAGGUGGAGCGAAUGCACGAAGUGCCCUGACAACGAGUCUACCACAUCGGUGGGAGCGGUAUCGGCGAGCCAGUGUAUGUGCGCCGCCGGAUAUUACCUCGACGAGACCAAGACUCCCAGGUGUCAGCCGUGCGAGGCAGGUACAUGGAAAGGUGUCGUGGGAAUGCAACCAUGUUUGGAAGCCGGAUGUUACCCAAACUCUCAGUCGACUGUCAUCGGAAGUACUACCGAGGAAGGCAGGAAGUGUGAAUGCCUUGCAGGUUACUACUACCGCCAACUUCACAGCUCACCAAAGGAAUGUGUGCCAUGUGAAGAGGGAUACUAUUGCGAGGGUGGCUUCCACGGUAAAAGGGCUCCCUGCCCCGUAAACAUGACUACCAAUAUACCGACUACUACUCCAAUUAUAGGAGAAAAACCUUUGCUCUCCGUUAGCAUUGGCGACUGUGUCUGCAAAGCUGGUUACGAACCCGCUGACCCUAGCACAAUUAACGACCCAAGCACUGAGGCAUACAAGCUAAGGUUACAGAUCACAAAGGAACUCAAUCGGUACGGCCUCAAACAGUAUGACAUCGCGUCUCUCGUAUGUACACCAUGUCCACCAAACAAGAUCAAGACAACGAAGGGUAAUACGCCAUGUGAGCCAUGUCCACCGAAUACCUUCAGUGAUCUCCUGGGAAACAGCAGCAUUUACACGUGCAACCGCUGUGCUCCUGGAUAUUACGAGACAAACGAGCCAUCAUUUCCUUGUAAUGCAUGCGACGUCAACCACAUUUGUGUCGGGUCCGACCCAUUGGACCCGGACAUGUCGAAACACAGAGGCAAGAAGGUCAAGUGCCACAAAAAUUCCAUCACGAUUCCGCCGUACGAAAAGAAUACCUCCAUGAAACAUUGCCUUUGUGAGAAGGGGUACAGGAUUUCCAAGCAGCUUGGAACCAGCUGUGAACCCGUUCCGAAGAACACGUAUAAGGAUGUGAUAGGUAACGUGGAACCGACGGACUGCCCACCUGGAUCCCAUACGUUAACCACUGGGGCGACGGAUAUAUCCGAGUGCGUAUGCAAGAGAGGCAUGUUUUACGACAUAAAUACUGGGAAGUGCACAAUAUGUCCAAUCGGGAUGUACUGCCCAGGUGGAAAAUCGAAAUCUAACACUCACUCGGGAGCAAUCCCAUGCCCCGAUGUAAAUGCUACCACAAAAGAACCUGGGGCAUCUAACGUCAACGAAUGUAUGUGCAAUGCGGGAUACUACAUUAGAAGUGACAAUUCCACCGUCUGCACUGAGUGCCCUGAGAAUACCUACAAAAGCUUCACCUCCAAUGAAAGCUGUACAGAGUGUGAUGAGAACUCUUCAACAAGUGGUCAACUCGGAGCCACUUCUAAGGAACAGUGCGUUUGCGCUCCUGGAUAUUAUUUUACUGGUACAUGUAAAGUAUGUGGGUAUCCAGAUAAAUAUUGCCCCGGUGGCAUUUUUAAGCACCGAGACGAUGUGACUGGAAAGGACAUAUAUGAAACAAGUGCUCCCAUAGACUGCCCACCUCAUACCGAAAUACCACCAGGUGUUGACACUGCAGAUAGCGUAGACAGCUGCAAGUGUGGUAAGGGAUACGCAUUUAUGAAAGAUAGCGACCACCUACAAACUAAAAUGUGCAAUCCCUGCCCACCCGGAUCUUACAAGAGUUCCGUGAUGGAUUCGAGUUGCAACGGUUUGUGCACGCAGAACGCCACGAGCCUGCCGGGUGCGUUCAGCCCGAGCCAGUGCUUCUGCCAACGUGGGUACUACUACCUGGCGGGAGGCAUAUGCGCGCCGUGCGUGGAAGGCGCCAGGUGCGACGGAGGUCUGCUGGACAGCGGGGGGCCGUCGUACAAGCGCAGCGUCGUCAGGUACAACGACCACGUGAAGCCCGUGCCCAUUGAGGGCUACUACCUCGACAAGAUCAACCUCGAGCUUCGCAAACCCGACGACUGGCGUUUCAUCGAGUGCCCGAUCAAGGGUGCGUGUCUGGGUGAGAAGGGUUGCUCUGAGUCGAUGACCGCGUACCUUUGCGCCGAGUGCAGGACUGGCUUCACCAACAACUUCAAGAAGGGUGCGCUGUGCAGCAAGUGCCCCUCCACCUGGUCAAACGUGCUCCUGACGGUCGCGUGGUACCUCGCCCUUUUGUUGGUGAACAUCGUGAUGGCGUGCCUGAACGUCAGCGCCGGUUUCAACCGUAGGUCCAUCCACUCCGUCGUCAUCAAGAUCGCUCUCAACUACGGUGUCUGCAUGUCGGUGCUAAACGUCAUCAACUUCAGCGAUUUGGCGCUGCCCGAGGAACUCAAGUCCACAACGCUUCAUUGGAUACGAUUGCUUUACCAUGAAACCCGGACGUACUAUACGUCCAUAGACUGUUUAUUCCAGAAUUGGUUUAGCAUGAAGCAUUCAAACUCUUUCUUCUACAGCAUGCUGUUAAUUGCGUGUCUACCAGUAAUUUUGCUGGUAGUCGUCACUGUACUGAUGUGGGUGAUUCUGGAGCUUUUCAAACUGAGGAGACGUGCGAUCAUGCGCUCAAAGUUGGCACUCUUAUACCAGUCGAACUUGCAAGGGAUGCAUUAUUUAGCUGACAGAUUGACCGAGGAGUAUGCGAACGAGCGUUUGUUUAUGAUUUUCCGUUACAUCCCGCUGCCUGGGGAGACACGCUGGGUACGUUUCAAGCACUUCUUGGAAGAUAUGAUUCCGAUUUACGUCACAGUGCUCUUCUCACUGCACGGCAACACAACAAGCCAAAUGCUUAGUCUUCUAGACUGCACCCACAUAAGCUUGGGGCAGAGUAUUCCCAGCAAAUACGUUCUGCGCCCCGCCAUGAGCAUUAAGUGCUCACUGGAUCCCGAUGAGGGUUACAUUCCGUACUUGCUGCUGGGUCUGGGAGGUUUGAUCUUUUGGGGAUUCGGGAUUCCGUUGUUUUCGUACAUCGUGUUGUUGAUGAACCGGCGAAACCUGUACGCUCCUGACGUGCGCAUGAAAUACGGGUUCCUUCACAACGGUUACCAGCAAGGAUACUGGUUCUGGGAAGCGAUUGUGUUCACUCGCAAGAGUCUUGUGCUGGUGAUUGGCAGCAUCGUGAUCGUGCCGUCGCAGAACACGAGUGGAUCCCGUAUAUGGAUGGCUCUGGCCGUCGCCGUAUUCUUCCUCAUUAUCCAGCUCAUCUACAAGCCGUUUGACGAGCGAGACUAUUUCGUACUCGGGAGGCUCGAGAGCCACAGCAUGAUCUCGUGGACUAUGACCCUGAUCUUCUGUCUCUUUCCUAUCGAAGGGGAAUUCUCUGCUCUCAACAAUAUGUAUCUUCUAACAAUCAUCUGCAUCAUUAACUUCUGCUUCAUCGCCGAAGUUGCUCUGGAGCUAGGUUUGGCAUAUUGUGACAACGUGCGAUCUCGCAAUGCUAAAUGCAAUGCCUCGGUCAUCGGUUACAUAAAUCGUUUUUUGGCAUCUAUUUCCGAAAAGCGGAAGUUGCGCGAGCCACUGAUUAUAUUAAACGAAGAGAGUCGGACGAUAGAUCUCGCCUCGCCGAAAGCUAUACAAUGGCGAUUUUUCGACGAAUCACAGCGAAGAAUUACGUACUCCGAGAAAGUCUACUUCACGCACAUUGUGAGCCAGGUCAUAAACUUCUCGAACAUUCAAAUGAAGUUAGACAUUAUACCAAUGGACUUUCCGGAGUUCAUUUCAAGGCUUGCGUUCGCCGUCAACUUCCACGAACUCAAUCAGAAGAAGGCGGAUGACAUUGUCAGGUCAUUGGCCGAUGGUAACCUGGACGAACUAGUUAAUCUGACCAUGCUAAAAUCACAAGAAACUCGGGUUCACGGCAAUGAUCUGUUGUGUUUGCAAUCCUCUAUGACUACAGAUGCAUGCGAACACGUAGUUCCUCCUGUUCUGCUUUUUGACCAGGAGGUCAUAGGCAGCGGCAUACCGCUAUCGGACUUCUACAUGGCACUCUCCAUAAUCAAAAUGAAAGACAAAUACAUGAUCGUUCGCACCUACGAGGCAUUUAAAGUGCUUCGUAUGAAAGCAGACAGUGCCAUACGCAAGGAACAAGAGCAGAAGGUGCAGAGAUUGGAAGAAAUACUGCGACGCAUACACCAUCCAGAUUACCAAACUAUGGAUGAAAUAUUUUGUUCGCAGGAAGACAUCGAUGCCGAGAAGCGCAACAUUGCGGAAUUAGAGAGCCGGAUACAGCAAUUAAAGGAAAACCCGUUAGAGGCACUGGAACUAUACGGUGACGAAACCUUCGAAGAGCGACUACAGCGAUUGGGGUUCACCGAGAGGAAUAAAGAUAAUCGCGGCACCCGCAAACGCUAG